AGCAAAGAAAGCAAACGGCAGUGGGAAGAAAAAAGAAAAAGAAAGAAUCAACAAGAGGGUGGACGGCAAAAUGAGAUCCCAAGUUUUAAGCAAUGUUAAGUGUAGGCUAAUUGUAAAGUCGUAAAUUUCGUAGACGAACAACAGCGAGAUCUUAGCGAUGGAGCGGUUCCAGUGCUACGGCAUCGUCCUCAUCAUUCUCAUCAGCCUACUGGGCGCCCAGCCGCAGGCCAGCCACAACUUCCCGCCGAAGGGAAGCAGCAACGCCACAGACCUUAGUAGUCGACUAGUUAGUCAAAUAGUUUUUAAUUCCACGCUCAACCACCUGGCGGUAGACAGAAGCACCGGAAGUGUUUACGUCGGUGCGGUGAACAAGCUCUACCAGAUAUCGAACGAUCUAAACAUCCUGACGGCCGUCACGACCGGGCCGCAGAAUGACUCGUACGAUUGCACGAUCCUCGAGUGCCCGAACGGUGCGAAGAAGAUGCCGAUGGAGAACGUGAACAAGGUGUUGCUGAUCGACAGCAACGCGAAGAAUCUGAUCGUGUGCGGUUCGCUGUUCCAGGGCAUCUGCCACAUCCGGAACCUGCACAACAUCAGCAUCGUCGACCAGGAGGUGCUGGAGGCGGUCGUUGCGAACACCGCAAACGCGAGUACGGUCGCGUUUAUCGCACCAGGACCUCCACUGGCGUCGGCGGAAAAUAACGUCCUAUAUGUGGCGGUCACGUUCACCGGCAAUUCGCCGUAUCGUAGCGAAAUUCCAGCCGUUUCGUCACGUAGCCUCGCCCGGGACCGAUUGUUCCAGCUUGCGGCCAGUGCGGUCACAACCGGGACGCGUGUGUUCGUCAAUAACUACGCACGCGAAACGUACAUCAUCAACUACGUGUACGGGUUCAGUUCGGAGCGAUUCUCGUACUUCCUGACGACGCAGUACAAGAGCAGCUCGCACUAUGCGUCCAAAGAGCGCGUCACGAAGCUGGUGCGCAUCUGUCAGGACGAUUCGCACUACCACUCGUACACUGAGAUCCCGGUCGAUUGCACCAGUAAGGAUGGCACCAAAUUUAAGACGGUUAGUGCGGCAUAUGUCGGCAAACCGGGCCAAGAGUUGGCACAGAGUCUCGAGAUCACGACCAGUGAUGAUGUGCUGUUUGCGGUGUUUGACGCCACCAGCGCGAACCGAUCAGCUUUGUGCGUUUACUCGCUGAAAGCGAUCCGCAAGAAGUUCAUGCACAACAUAAAGAAGUGCUACAACGGUGAGGGUCUGCGUGGGCUUGACUACAUCUCACAGAACAUGCCGUGUAUUGCGACAAAGCUGCAAACGAUCGGGGAGGAUUUCUGUGGAUUGGACGUUAAUUCACCGCUCGGUGGUGAACAAGCCGUCGCCUCACUCGCUGUUAUCCUUUCCGAGGAGCGUAUGACGUCGGUGGCGGUGACUGCGACUUCGAACUUUACCGUCGUGUUCAUCGGCACCGAGACGGGCCAGCUGAAGAAGAUCGUAAUGGAAUCGUCGACAUCUGCCAUGCAGUACGCGAUGAUGAACGUCGAUGUGGGUUCGCCAAUCCAACCCGACAUGUACCUCGAUCCGGAGCAUGACGAUCUGUACCUGAUGUCGCUGUACAAGCUGUUUAAGAUCCGUAUCUACGACUGCUCGGUGUACACCACCUGCCAUGCCUGUUUGUCCGCUAAGGACCCAUUCUGUGGGUGGUGUUCGCUCGAGAACAAGUGUAGUCGGAAGUACGAGUGUGCGGACAGUUCGAAGGAUCCGCUCUCGUGGUUAAGCUACAAAUCGGGCAAGUGUACGACCAUCACGAGUGUGACACCGCAUCAACUGCAGCGUACGACUGCUCGAACACUCGAGCUGAUCAUCGAAAACCUGCCGAAUCUGAAGGAACCACUGGUUUGUGCGUUUACGUUCGCGAGCAUGGAGAAACCGAUCAUCACGAAUGCGACCAAAAAGCGGAACGGUGUCAACUGCACCACACCCCGGACGGAUCUGCUGCCACAGAUAGGUUAUGGUGAAAAUCAUUUCAACGCCACACUAUCGAUCAAAACGUCCCAGGGGCCGGACAUCGUUUCGACGACGUUCACCUUCUUCGACUGUAGCACGCAUCUCUCCUGUACGCAGUGCGUUUCGAGCAAGUUCCCGUGUGAUUGGUGCGUAGAAGCACACCGGUGUACGCAUGAUACGGCUGAGAAUUGCCGCAACGAUAUCCUGGUGACCGGGAUUAGUCGCAUCGGACCGAGCUACCGAUCCGGGCCCGGUUUCUGUCCGACCAUCAACGUGACCGGGGAUGGUUCCGAGAUUCUCGUACCGGCUGGUUCGAAGAAAUCCGUCAAGGUGAAGGUACAUAUCAUCGGUCAAUUCAUCGUGCAGACGCGAUUCGUGUGUCAAUUCAACGUGGAAGGGCGUGUGACGAGUGUUAACGCACAACUGCUUGGUGAUACGAUCUACUGCGAUCCGAUGGAGUUCACCUACACGGCCAAGACGCCCAAGUUGAACGCCACGUUUGCGGUUAUUUGGGGUGGCUCGAAGCCGCUCGACAAUCCGAACAACAUCCACGUUGUUAUCUAUCGCUGCCGGGACAUGUCAGAUAGCUGUGGCGUGUGUUUGGCGUUGGACGAGAAGUACAAAUGCGGCUGGUGUUCGUCGUCCAACACGUGCGAGGUGGAGGAUCAGUGCGGGAUCUCGGGUAAAGUCGAGGGACAGAACAAAACGGAUUGGUUGAACAACCAGCAAACCUGCCCGAACCCGGAGAUCCACUCGUUCGAUCCGAAAACGGGCCCCUGGGAGGGUGGCACCAACAUCACGAUCCGAGGUAUCAACCUUGGCAAGAAGUUCGAGGAUGUGUACGGUGGCAUUAAGAUCGCGGGCAUUGAUUGCAUGCCGUUCCGGGAGUUGUACGUGCAGACGAAGGAGAUCGUGUGCAGUGUGGACGGACCAGGUGUGAAGUCGCACCGGUCUGGUAGAGUUGUUGUGCAGAUAUCGGACUUCCGCGGGGAGUCGGCAAAUGAUUUCGAGUUUGUCGAUCCGGAGAUCGAGAAUUUCGAACCGAAACAUGGUCCGAUUUCGGGCGGAACGACGAUCAAAAUUAUGGGGCGUUAUCUGAACACCGGUAGCCGUGUUCGGGCGUUCCUUGAUCAGCAUCCUUGCGAGAUUCUGAGCACUAACGAUCGUGAGGCGACGUGCCGUACGACGGCGGUUCCGGGCCAUAUGCAUGGCAAGCUGAAGAUGGUGUUCGACAAUGGUGCACGUGAGCUCAAUGACGACCUAUACGAGUUCGUGCCAGAUCCGUCCGUUGAGUACGUUUCAUCGCUGCCAGAGAGCAAAACACCUAAAGGUAUUCCUGCCGGUGGCAUCAAGAUGGCCGUACACGGACGGAACUUCGGUUCAGUCCAGCGGCCACAGAUAUAUGUGUACUACAACGGGCAGAUCUCGCUGAACGAAUGCAACACAAUCAACCAACAACUGAUGGAGUGCUUCUCGCCGAAGAUCGACCUGCAGGAUGAGGAUCCAUUCCGGGGAUCGGACGAACCGCUCAACCUCGAGUACGGCUUCAUCAUGAACGAUGUGAUGAACGUGCGCAAUCUUUCCUCGCAACGAGGCGUCUAUUUCGAGCUGUACCCGAACCCCACCUACCAGCAGUUCGAUGAGGUGAAGCACUUCAACAGCGAGUAUCUCACAAUCAACGGCCGGAAUCUCGAUCGGGCGUGCAAGGACAGUGAUGUGGUGGUGAAGAUCGGUGACAACGCGGUCUGCAACAUCACAUCGCUCUCACGCCAACAGGUCACUUGUCGUCCUCCAGCAGACCCUGAGUCGAAGCAGGUACACGUUAAGGUGAUUGUGGGCAACUCACUGCAGUUUGACAUCGGGUAUAUGGUGUACUCAUCGGCUGGUAUCCUGCCGAGCAUCAGCAAUAAGGCGGUCACAUUCGGUGUUAUCGCGGCCAUUGCCGUCUUCUUUAUCGUGAUCAUCGCGCUUGUCGUGGCGUACCGUAAGAAGACGAGCGAAAACAACCGUGUGUUGAAGAACAUGCAGGAGCAAAUGGAUAUCCUUGAGCUGCGUGUGGCAGCUGAGUGUAAGGAGGCGUUUGCUGAGCUGCAAACAGAGAUGACCGAUCUCGGUGGUGACAUCACGUCCGGUGGUAUCCCGUACCUUGACUAUCGCACGUACGCGAUGAAGAUCCUGUUCCCGAACCACGAUGACCACGUGGUGCUGCAGUGGGAGAAACCGGAACUGUUGCGUAAGGAGAAGGGUCUACGGCUGUUCGGGCAGCUGGUGAUGAAUAAGACGUUCCUGCUGCUGUUCAUUCGCACGCUCGAGAGCAAUCGGUACUUCUCGAUGCGAGAGCGCGUGAAUGUCGCCUCGUUGAUAAUGGUGACGCUUCAGAGCAAGCUCGAGUAUUGCACCGACAUCCUGAAGACACUGCUGGCCGAGUUGAUUGAGAAGUGCAUCGAUGGCAAGUCGCACCCGAAGCUGCUGCUGCGCCGGACCGAAUCGGUGGCAGAGAAGAUGCUGUCCGCCUGGUUCACCUUCCUGCUGUACAAGUUCCUGAAGGAGUGCGCCGGCGAACCGCUGUACAUGCUGUUCCGCGCGGUUAAGGGCCAAAUCGACAAGGGUCCGGUCGAUGCGAUCACGCACGAGGCGCGAUAUUCGCUCAGCGAGGAGAAGCUCAUCCGGCAGAUGAUCGAGUUCAAGGUGAUCACGGUGUAUGCGAGCAUCACGCAGCCGCCGAUCCUGUGCAACAACGUCGAGAUGAUUCCAACGAAUACUGAAAACAUUCCGGUGAAGGUGCUCGACUGCGACAGCAUCGGGCAGGUGAAGGAGAAGUGUCUCGACACGAUCUACAAGGCGAUCCCGUGGAGCCAGCGUCCGCGCAAGGAGGACCUUGAUCUAGAGUGGCGCACCGGUGCGACCGGUCGGCUUAUCCUGUAUGACGAGGACUCGACCUCGAAGACGGAUGGUGAGUGGAAGAAGCUGAACACGCUGCACCACUAUCGCGUCAGUGAGGGCUCUUGUCUCAGCCUCGUGCCGAAGGAGAGCUCCAUCUACAACAUCACGCUGCUCGGCGAGAAGUACUCGGAGAAGAUCCACAAUCGCGCCGGCAGCCCCAUGAACGUCGAUCUGCAGGAGAACAGCCUCAAGUAUUGGCACCUGGUGAAGCACCAUGACAGCGACGGUUCCAAGGAGGGCGAGCGCGUCAAUAAGAUGGUUUCGGAGAUUUAUCUCACGCGACUGUUAGCCACCAAGGGUACACUCCAGAAGUUCGUCGACGAUCUGUUCGAAACCAUCUUCAGCACCGCGCAUCGUGGCUCCGCACUGCCCUUAGCAAUAAAGUACAUGUUUGACUUUCUAGAUGAUCAAGCACUUUUACAUGGUAUUACCGAUCCGGAGGUUGUGCACACCUGGAAGAGUAACAGUUUACCAUUACGCUUCUGGGUGAAUCUCAUUAAAAAUCCUAACUUUGUGUUUGAUAUUCAUAAGUCCAACAUCGUGGACUCUUGCCUUUCGGUUGUGGCUCAAACCUUUAUGGAUUCGUGUUCGACGUCGGAUCACAGACUAGGGAAAGACUCGCCCAGCUCGAAGCUGCUGUACGCCAAGGACAUCCCAUCGUACCGUGAGUGGGUGGAGCGUUACUAUAACGACAUCCAGGAAAUGCCCGCCAUCUCCGAUCAGGACAUGAACGCCAUGCUCGCGGAGGAAUCCAGGUUGCACACGACCGAAUUUAAUACCAACUGCGCCCUACACGAGCUUUAUCAGUACGCAGUGAAAUACAACGAGCAACUGACUGUCACGCUGGAGGAGGAUGAGUUCUCGCAGAAGCAGCGGCUGGCGUAUAAGCUGGAACAGGUGCACAGUAUCAUGUCCGCGGAGUGAGCGCCUGCCACAUCGGCCCACGGAACCGCCCGCCGGCACACACACACACACACACACCGGAGUUCGUGAGUGGAAAUUAACAUGUAGUGCGAAACAAAAUAAUAUAUGUAUAGAUGCUAAGCUACCCGUAUGGUUUUUGAAGAAUGCAGCAAACCGACAUACAGACAUUCGUAAAAAAAAUACAAACUAUUGUAUGGGAUAUUCAUGUUGUGAGCCAAGGGGGAACUGUGGGAAAAGGGAAAACAAACAUACCAUACACACAUACGCAAACGCGAUGUUGUGCAAUACCGACAUACCGACAUUUAUACACAAACAUAUACUCCAACAACAUACGACAUACAUACAGACGCACGCAUGAAAACACAUACACUCGUAUACAUUCACGCUGACACGCGCAGACAAACGUAAUCCGUAUAUGGAGUGGAAAACUGAGCAAAAAUUAUCGAGAAAAAAAGCGAAAAUGAAAACGAAACGAACAAAAAAAAUGAAGGAAACGCAACCAACCAUUUGUCUAAUACACCAUGUGAAAUUAUGUCAAGAGAAAAUGCAAAAACGAAGCAAAAACACACGAAAAUAAGGUCGAAAAUCGGCGGCAGGAGGCAAAAAAAUAUCAUGUUUUUAAGAAACGUACAUACAUCGCUUUUGAGUAAUUGUAAACGAACGCGCGGCUAGGAGCAGGCGAGCGAAGGGUGCGCGGGCCAGAACCGGGGAGCGGUAGGCAGGAGGCAAGCGGCGGGGGGGUUCAAAAAAGGGGGGAAAGCACGGGGGCUCCCUCGCGGCACACCGCCCAACAACCCCGAAUCCUUCGAAGUCCGGGCGGUGUUAAGCGAUCGGGAAUAGGAGCAGGAAUUAGGAACGAGCAGAGGUUGUGGAGGGGUCCGGCGCUAGAGCAGGUGUUGAAGCGAACGUAUAGGACAAGGCGUAUAGGAUCAGAUCAGAGCGAUAAUCGGCACCCAGCGCAUAAAAAAAGGGUAUUAUCUUAGGCAUAUGUGCAACGCGGUAUGCAAACGCAUCCACACACUAACCACGUCUCACUCAGCAGAGGAAUAAAUUGCAAAAUGAUCCGAGAUCCGAGAUCGAGCGAUCGAGAGAGCGAGAGAAAUCAGUCAAAUCCCCCUAAUCGUCCGGCCCCCGGGAACGCCCUCCCCCACCACCUACCCACACAAGGCCCUCCCCGCGUGGAGCGUGUCUGCCCUUUCCCCGCCGCGUCAGGGUGGCGCAGGGAGAACUGAAGGGUGCGCAGAUGAGUAAAGCAAACAGAAGCAAACAAAAAAAAAAUCCAGUCCUGAAUGUCAUUUCCAGCGGUGUCCCGUAUAGCUCAAGAAAAGAAAAAAAAAAGUCUAAAUGUAAUAAAAAUGACAACUGUGUAAUUGAUGUGUUAUAAGUUAUUACUAAAAUAUAAGCCGAUGA